UUGAUGGGUUUCGAGUAAUAGCUAAAGCUGCUAUCAAUAUAUGGAAAUCAUUGGGUGGUGGUGAAAAAUCAGCUGAAGCAUUACUAAGUCAAAUGAAGGAUUAUCGUGAAUAUGUAAAACCAUACAAUGAUUAUUGGGUUGACAAUACUGAUACAUUAAUUA